AUGGAAGCUUUUAGUUAUCACUUUACCGAGAAUUAUGACCUGGAUCUGAUGAUCCUCUCAGCUUUACGGAGCUUCAUACCGGAGACGUUGAACCAGGAUCACAGAUGGAGCGAACAGAGUGCUAAUCAAGUCAGUGAUGUAACGGCAUCAUCAGUGGUGUCGUGCAGUCAGGACAAGGAAGCUCUUCCAGAGAAGAAUCCACUGAGUCCUGUAAACUCUGAGAGGGACGCACUUCUCAUCGGGAUCAUUUCAACCUUCCUGAACGUCCACCCGUUUGGAGCCAGUAUGGAGUACAUCUGUUCCUACCUGCAGCGCUUAGACACCAAGAUUAACACCAGUGAGGUGGAGGCUCUUCUCUCUCGGCUGCCCUGCACCUUCAGGCAGGAGCUAAGCGGAGUCGGAGCGAGUCUGGAGAAACGCUGGAGCUUCUGCGGCUUCCAGGGCAUCAAGAGCACAUAAACUCUGCCGGAGACGCUUCUGAGAAGAGGGAGAGAUGACAGGCCACACAGGUACACGGAGGAAACUCUAGAAAUGUGGAGGACGCACAACACUAAUGGAGAUGUGGGGCUCUACCUGCUAAGACAAGAGCCCAAAUUAUCCACCGCACAUCUCAGAUCAUGAGGGGGUGUUUUGUGUAGGUUGCAGAGAGAUAAAUAUGCAGGUUUUUGUGAUGGCAAAUAAUUGUCUGCAUCUCUAUGGUGAUCAGGAGAUGGAUAUAUCUCUAUGGUGACAGUUGCGUCAUCUCUCACUCUAUCCUUUUUUUUUUUUACCCAUGGGAUUCAGCUAAAGUCCCAUCAGAGAGCCAAUCUCAGCGGACUCAAGGUAUUGGUUGUAUUUUUCUACUCCGGCCCCCGGUUGGCUCAGUGAACUCGCAGACCCGAACUAAAGGGCUUUACAGGAAGGUCACCUCUCAACCUCAAAACUCUCCUAGCUUCCUUCGUGGCUUCUUUUGGAUUUUGUACAAUAUAUAAAUAUGAAAUAAAUGCUAAGGUACACGUUUUAUCAUAGGAGUGAUUUUUUUUGUUAUUGUAAACAAAUAACAGGUUUGAUAUUGGCUAUUAGACGACAUUCAAACGGUGCCUUUCAGCUAUGAUGCAUUCAAACGGACAGUCGAUUUUCGUUUUACAAUUUUAUUUCAUAUUUUCUGAAUGUCAAUAACAAACCUUUCUUCUGCCGAAUUCAUGCCUCAUCCACUUUUAGACACAGAAGAUAAUUGUCUUUGUAGUGUCUUUGUAGCAAAAUGUGAAACAGAGCUUCCUUUUGUUUGACUCAAAGGCUCAAACUAACAGUUUGGUGUUUCUGUUCCUGCAAUAUGUGCAAGGCAUCCGCUACAUACAUCCAUGGCAAACAUUGUUGAAUCACUUAAUGGAGGAAUACUAUCGCAGUAAAAUACAUUUAAAAUGAAAGCAUCGGGUGGUUUGUGGCUUUACAGAAAGUUACAGAUGAAACUGUAAAACUGAAAAUAUUAGAAGAAAAUAUCUUACGGUUGUACAUUUUGUUGAAACUGUUCAUGCUUUCUGCCCACAGAAUUAUCCCAGCUUAUUGUGCUGGAUGAUAUAAAUCUGCCUCCUUUUUUCUGUUCUGUAUGUCAGCCAAGUCUGAUCCCAAACCCUGCUGAAGACGAGCAUCUACUGCCAUCUAUUGGAGACACUAAACUGAAGAGCUUCACAGCUGUCGUUCCCCUCGGGUCAAUAACGGCUGGCGUUGUGCUGUGUGCGACGGCAUUUAAGAAAAUGCUCUCCUGUUACCUGCUGUAUCGACUGAUGGCACAUUUAAUGUUAUAUUGAGGACGAUCAGUACAAUGAAACAUUUGCAUUUAGUUCCUUAAAGGGGCUUUAUUUGUGUAACAACAGUUUGAUUUAAUCCAAACAUUACAGUGCACAGAACAUAUUUUUUAUACAAAUAUACUUUAUCAUGUCAUGUGUCUCCUCAGAAUGAAAAUAGCUGUUUUUCACGGCUAAACCACUAGAAUAUUAUAUGUUCAACAUUGGUGUGGUUGACACACUUUGUCAAGGUGUGGUGACACUUCAUUCUACAUGUUAUCAACUGUUUCUUUAAAUGAUUAUGUAUAUUCCACAGUGGUAAAAUACUGUAAUCCCCUCAUCCACAUUGCACUUUACACACAAACCAAGCAGCUCUAUCAAACACAUGAUGCCACAAUUAUUUGAAAUUAUUAACAUGUUUUUUAAACAUUACAACCAUUUCUGUCAAGUUACCAGCUAAGAGCAGAUGUGUGUGUGAAAAGAAUAAGCAAAACAGAAGACACUCUUUCAAGACUGGUAAAUACAAUAAAGAUGCAGGAAUGUUGGAUAUUAAAAUGGCAGCUACAUUGAUGGUAAAUGUGUGAUGACCAAUGAGAAAGCUUCUGGGGGAUGUAAAUGUCGUCCAGUCACGAGAGAGUGCUCACAUCCACAUCUUGCAGUCCGAAUGCAUUUUGUUUAGUUGUUAACACAGUCAUUGAGUUCUGAGUCUGUUUCCCUCCCAACA